AUGUCCCAUUGCGGCAGCCACGGAGUGGCCGGCAAGCCCGUCGUGCCGCUGCUGGCGCCAUUGCGUCGACUGCGCGAAGUAGAGCGACCUCUGGACCUCAAGCACCGCCUGGCAAAGCGGGUCACACCGGACGGAAAGGCCAAGCCUGCUGCUGCGCUCAUUCACCCCGCCAUGCUCGAGGAGACCAUGCCCAAGGACCUGCAGAAGAGGCUGUCCCGUCGCCUAGUCGAGGGCAACAAGCGGUAUUCGUACCUGCAGCAGGACUGGAACCUGCUCUUCCAGCAGACCAUGGAGCUUCCCUCCGAGCAGCCUCACCAACGCAUCCUGAAAGUGCAGAAGCUCAUACAAAUUCAUUCCGAAUUCGUGACGGUGGCGGAGGUGCUCGGGCGCCAGAUCAUAGAGGAACUGAAUCUGCCGCCUGAGAAGCGUACGAUUACACCCGAGCAGGGAAUCGGAGAAGCAGGCGGAACCAAGUACAUCCUCGCCGGCUGCUUCUUCAAACUACAGAAGGACGUGCGCGGACUCUAUGGCGGCGAGAAAUAUGCGAUGAAGGCAACCUCUGCCGAGUUGCGCAACAUGAAGGCUAUCUACGAAAGCGGAAUGGAAGGGCUGUGCAUGCCCCUCGUGGCCAUGAUCGACUAUCGCGGCUAUCGGCUGCUCGUCACUUCAGUUCUCCCGCUCGGCUCCACCACGCAGCAGUGGGGCUCGUCAGAUGGUGGAGUGACGUUCAGCUUCAAUCGGGAUGCGUGUGGGCUGGUGCGGAGGCUGGGCGAGAAGCUUCACCUCAAGAAACACCUCUUGGCGCGGCCCGAGCAGGAUAUCGAGCUCUACGGCCCCAUUGAUUUUGAGAUCCACAAGGGCAAGGACGACGCCCGCUAUUACGCCCUCGAUGUGGCCCGCCUCAUGCCCCCCACAGCCCCCCACGGCCAGGUGCACGCGGUGCUGGUGCCCCAGGACGUGAGCAGGCCCCUGGUGCAGGUGUACGUGCACGAGGAAGCCGGGUCCUGGCUCAAGGACGCCCUCGACAAAAUUCAAGCGUCGGAAGACGAGGCGUGUGUGGAGGAGCACGAGGACAGCUGCACGAUCGUUGUCUACAAGCCAGAGUUCACGCCGCGCACCAGCCGGGCCAGCACGACCGACCAGGGCGAGGGCAGCCCGAAGCAAAACGACCGGGCGAGUCACUUCACCAACAUCCCCACGCAAGGUGAUGCGAUCGUCGUGAAGCGGUACAAGAACCCCUACCUCUACCACUAUCUGCGCCCCGAGGCUGUGCUUAGCAACCCGGUGCCCCUCAACUCCGAAGCCUUCUCCCCAUUUCGGGCAUCGACACCCGAAGACGACAGCGAGGUGCGCGAGGCCACUAGCCGGAUCGUCCACGUGGAGAUUCCCAAACUGGCGGCUGCCAUCGAGCAGGGCGAGGUGAUCAUCGUCAACUCCCGGCAGCUCGUCAACGAGCUACACAAGCGAGGUAUCAACUUGAGGUACAUCGGCAUGCUCCGGUCGCACCUCUCGGAGCGGGAGUAUACGGUGCGGUCGUUCAUUCUGAUGGAGAUGAUAUCGCGAACCAUCAAGAACGUCCUACGGAGUCGCCUGAGGGAAGUCAAGUCGCUGCAGGAGGAGGCCUACCACGACGUCCUCACGCACUUCUUCAACAUGGUCUUGGGAUCCUCCAAGGAUUCGGACAGGUAUUGGCAGUGGUCCCUCAAGAUCCAUUUGCUGGUCAAAUAUUCGUCGCACCACAUUUUCUCCGAGGAGGAGGCGCACACCGACCACGACCUGCGCGAGCACAUCCUGAGCAAGCUCGCCCUCUUCGCCACGAUGCAGAAACACCUGGGCGUGUCCUACAAGCAAUCCACGCAAGAGCGAUUUCAGAACGACCCCACUCUUUUCGAACAGCAGUCGCCCUUCAUGCCACAGGACAUCGCGGCGGUGGCGGUCCACGUCAACACGCUGCCCUACCACCAGAGGGAGCUGGCGCUGCUCACGAGCGAGGUGAUGGGCCUGGACGACGAAAACAAGCUCGCCAAGGAGAUCGAGCUGGGCAAGGCGAUGAUCGAGGCCGAACGAGAGAUCGAGCGGCGGAAAAAGCGGAGGGCGCGUGGAUUCGUGGAGGGCAUGGAGAAGGAGCACGAAGACGAACGGUUUGCCGAGCCGCUGCCCGACCUACGCUUGGCAGCCGCGCGUGCCGGUCCCCCCGCCGUGCCCUCGGUCUCCAUCUCGGUCUCGGUCUCCGCAUCCCCCUCCAGCCCCAGCGGGCCGUCGUCGUCGGUUGGCUUCGGAGCCGUAUCGGCGCCCGGCGCCAUCGCGAUGGCGCCUCCCGUGCGUGACUCGGAGCGACACCGGGGGGACGGGGUGCUGCGCGUGCAGAAAUUCGAGCACCGCGGCCGGCAGCUCAGCUGGUCGGCCCUCAGGGCCACCGACGAGCCCAACAACGACUUCUACUUCAUCAACAAGCUCAGCGGCGAGGAACUCGUCCGACUCCAGAACAAGCGCCAGGCCCUGUACUCCAUCGUGCGUGAUGCGCGGCCACAAGGGGUGGGCAUGGGCCACCCCUUCGGCCUGGUGCUGUGCUGUCGCUUGGCCAAGCUUGCCGAGGAGGAGCGCCUAUUCGCUGCCGCCUUCCGGUACGGCCGGCGCUUCGAGCUCCUCUGGGAAAGAUUCCCGCUGCCAUCCGAUAAUCCCGACCUCCUCAAGUUCGUGUUCGGGUCGCCCGACUAUCUGCUGUCCUUCGGCCACUUCAUCCAGAAGGAGCUGAGCGCCGAGGUGGCCGGCCGGCAGGACGACUCCAUCAAGCGAGCUACACGUUCUUGGCUCAAGCAAAUCAGCCUGUUUGACAACUGGAGCGACGUCAACCUGUCGACCACAAUGCUCCAGCACGACAUCUUCGCGCGAGGCCAACCGUUUUACCUCUCCAAACACCUCCUCACCCGCAACCUCCUCGCCAAGAAGCGCCAAAAGCGGCGGUCGCGCGUGGUGCAAGACGAAACUUUACAGCUCAAGGAGGAAGCGGAGGCGGCGGGGGCGAGGCGUGACCGACCGAUGGGACGUGUGGGCCGACAUGCGAGCAUUCCGGAGCCCCUCAUGCGCCACGAGGUGGACAAGGGAGCUCAUCGGGGGCUGUCUCCCGGUCGUAGAAGCGAGAGCGACACCAACAACCCCGACCAGCGGCAGCACCAGCACCCAAACGGAAGGAGCGAUUUCCACCUCGACAUCUCCUCGCGCGUGUGCCGGGAGGCCGCUGCCGACGAGCAGCAGCAGCAGCACUACCACCACCGCCACCUCAACGAUGACGACUGCGACGGCGACGACGACGACGACGAGGGGGAGGGGGAGGGGGCACCAUCGGGGGCCAAGGGCGGGGAGCUGUGGACGUGGGGCAUGGGCCGCAACGGCAAGUACGAUCGCCUCACCAGCAACCUCCGGGAGCCCCGCCCGCUCAACCUGCCCGACACCCAGCUCCAGCUCUCCCUCUCCACCAUCACCUCCGUCGCCUGCAGCUCCUCCCACGCCCUCUUCACCACCCGGUCGGGCAAGGUCUACAUGCUCGGCGACAAGGCGACCGGCCAGAUCAACGCCAGCAGCAGCGUGCCGCCGCCGCCGCCGCCGCCGCCGCCGCUCCCAUGUGGCCUACUGUUGACCGGUGCGGGGAGUACGGGAGCAACGCAGCUGCACGCGCAGCCCGUGCAGGGGCUGGAGAACCACGUGGCGGUCAAGGCGGCGUGCGGGAUCGGCUCCUCGCUCGUGCUCACCCGCGAGGGACGCGUAUUCCUGUGGGGCUCCGCCCUCACCUCCUCCCGCGACUUUGGCACGAUGGACCUGUCGAUGCCCGACCCGAAUACGCCCGCCCUCCUACGCUCCAUGGCCCGCCACUGCGUGGUCGACGUCUCGUGCGGGGGCGCGCACACCCUCCUCGUCACCAGCACUGGGGGGCUUUUUUCGUUCGGGUCGGGGGAGGCCGGCGCGCUGGGCCACGGGUUCUUCACGGGCGACAUCCGGGCGCCCAAGCAGGUCAUGGCCCUCUCGGACGUGCCCGUCGUGGCGGCCUCGGCCGGAGAGUACUUCUCGCUCGUCCUCGCCGCCGAUGGCGCCAUCUUCUCCUUCGGACGCGGCGACAAGGGCCAGCUGGGCCACCAGAAGCUGAAGCUGACGGGCUACCGCAGCCUCACGCCCCGCCGGGUGGAGGGGGAUCUCCUCAACGUCAAGGUGGCCCGCAUCGCCGCCGGUCACGACCACUCCAUGGCCGUCACCGACAACGGGGAGCUCUACUUGUGGGGCUCCAACGAGCACCGCAAGCUGGGGUUCCGCAAGAAGGCUGCCUUCCCGCUGCCCAAGCAGAUGAAGCCCAAGAAGUUCGCCGCCGCCACCCCGGUGGUGGGCGAGGAGGGCCUGCACGCCCCACCCGUCGGGGCGCCUCGACACGUAACCCACAUCGCCGCCGGGUAUUCGCAUUCGAUCGCGGUAGUGGACGAGCACAACGUGUUCACGUGGGGUUCCGCCGCGUGGGCUCAGCUCGGGCACGGGGACGAGAGGCAGUGCAAGCGCCCGUCGCUGGUGAAGCUGCUGUCGGGGAUGGGGCGCGUGCUGCAGGUGUCGGCCACCUACGGCCAGUCGAUGGUGCUGCUCCACUUGCACCGCCACCAGCGCGCGCCGCUGGCCCACGAUCUCCACUCCCCGCGCACGGCCACCGUACACCGCAAGGUGCACGUGGACCUGGUGGCCGAGGCCGCCCCCAACCUGGCCUCCAUUCGCACCCUCCUCGCCGCCGAGAUCGCCCAGCAGGUCAAGUCCCCGCUACGCGGCCACCACCACCACCACCACCACCACGACGACGACGACACACCAGCAGCACCAGUAGCAGCAGGAACAGGAGCAGCUCCCGGCUCUGAGGGCGCUGCCUACCACCAGCAGCAGCAGCAGCGGCCGUUCUUCUCUCGCCUCUCCAAGAAGGCGGGUGGGGCGGCCGACGAAGGCGGUGACGAGGAGGAGCAGGAGGAGCAGGA